CCAUUUCCCCCUUCUUCUCUUCUUUCCCAAUCGGUUCGUCUGCGAAUUUGAUCUUCGGAUAGGUCAACAUGGGAACCAAAUGCAAAGCCAUCGUGGUUUCUUUACUCCUGUCGUUCGUUUUGUUCCCUCUGGUCUUUUCUGCUUCUUCAGAUGGAUUGAUUAGGAUCGGACUGAAGAAAAGGACAUUGGACCCAGAUAACCGCCUUGCUGCCCGAAUUGAGUCUCAACAGGGGGAGUCUUUGAGGGCUUCUAUCCGGAAAUAUCACCUCCGAGGUAACCAUGGAGACUCCGAGGGUACUGACAUAGUUAUAUUAAAGAACUACAUGGAUGCUCAGUACUUUGGGGAGAUUGGUGUUGGGACACCCCCUCAAAAAUUCACUGUGAUAUUUGACACUGGAAGUUCAAAUUUAUGGGUGCCCUCUGCCAAGUGCUACUUCUCUGUUGCUUGCUAUUUCCAUUCCAAGUACAAGUCAAGCCAGUCAAGUACCUAUAAGAAGAAUGGGAAACCGGCUGAGAUUCAGUAUGGGACUGGAGCUAUUUCUGGUUUCUUUAGCCAAGACAAUGUCCAGGUUGGAGAUCUUGUGGUUAAAAAACAGGAGUUUAUCGAGGCAACUCGAGAGCCAAGUGUCACAUUUCUGGUAGCCAAGUUUGAUGGCAUACUUGGGCUUGGAUUUAAAGAGAUAUCUGUUGGGGGUGCUGUCCCUGUCUGGUACAACAUGGUUGAUCAAGGGCUUGUUAAGGAACCUGUUUUCUCAUUUUGGAUUAACCGAAACACACAAGAAGAAGAAGGGGGAGAAAUUGUGUUUGGAGGGGUUGAUCCUAAUCAUUACAAGGGUGAACACACAUAUGUACCUGUGACUCAGAAAGGCUAUUGGCAGUUUGACAUGGGUGAUGUCCUUGUUGACGGAAAAUCAACAGGAUUCUGUGCUGGUGGUUGUGCGGCAAUUGCUGACUCUGGAACGUCUUUGUUGGCUGGUCCAACGACCAUUAUUGCUCAAAUCAAUCGUGCAAUUGGAGCCUCGGGGGUCGUUAGCCAGCAAUGCAAGGCUGUUGUUGCUCAAUAUGGGCAGAGAAUAUUGGAGUUAUUGUCAGCAGAGACGGAUCCAAAGAAGGUAUGCUCCCAGGUUGGUUUGUGUACCUUCGAUGGAACUCAAGGUGUCAGUAUUGGCAUUGAGAGCGUUGUGGAUGAGAAGAAUGGUGGCAAGUCUUCUGGUGUAUUGGGUGAUGCCAUGUGCUCUGCCUGUGAAAUGACUGUUGUAUGGAUCCAGAAUCGGAUUAAGCAGAAUGAUACAGCAGAUAAUAUAUUGAACUAUGUGAAUGAGCUUUGUGAGCGGUUGCCUAGUCCAAUGGGAGAAUCAGCUGUUGAUUGUAAUCAACUUUCUUCAAUGCCUCCUGUUGCUUUUACCAUUGGUGGCAAAACAUUUCAUCUGAUUCCAGAGCAGUACAUCCUCAAAGUUGGUGAGGGAGCUGCAGCUCAGUGCAUUAGUGGUUUUACAGCUUUGGAUGUGCCGCCGCCUCGUGGUCCUCUCUGGAUAUUGGGAGAUGUCUUCAUGGGCCGUUACCACACUGUCUUCGAUUACGGCAAAUUGAGAGUUGGCUUUGCAGAAGCGGCAUAAACAAAACAAUUCUACUAUGUGGCUUUUCAUUUACUGUCGACCCGUUUUGAACAGCUUUACACCUGAAUGUAAAUAUUACUGGAUGUGAUCUUUGAAUCCUU